AAGGUGCAUGGGAGUUGUUCCGGUCACGUGUUUCCGGGUGUGCUCGUAGGCAGGACCCGCUCAGCGACAAGGUGUUUCUCUGACGCUGAAGCAGGCUGCGGGUGUAUGGACCGCUACGAUCACUUCUACCGCUUCUACAGCCUCUACGAUCCGAAAGAGAGCCGAAGGAGACGAGCCGGAGCAGACCGAGGCGCGCCGCAGCCUCCCCGCUGAGCACAUGAGCCGUCCAAGCCGCAGGGUUGAUGGAGCCUGAGAGAAAGUACACACUAGGCAUCGUGCUGUGCAUCGUGCUGGCUCUCACCUACUUACUGUUCAUUUCAAAUGUGGAGCAGAGUCAGGGCAACCAAUUCUUCCAGCCAGCAUUUAAAAAGGCCCCGUCUCUGGCUCAAUCCCUGGCCCUGUCCCAUCCACCCGAACCUUCCUGGGAAGAACCAGGGCCGUACUACGUGGCCUACCCACGGAACUACCGCUUCAUCUUGGAGGACACUGUGGUUUGCAAGGAGUCCUCUCCCUUUGUCCUGCUGGUGGUCCCUGUGGCACCCACAGAUGUCAAGGCCAGGAACAUCAUCCGCAGCUCGUGGGGGCGGCGUGUGGAGAUCAGAGGCCGCCUGGUGCAGACCCUGUUCUUCUUAGGGGUGAGGAGGGGCGUGGGCUCUGAGCAGCUCCAGGAGAAGCUCAGGCAGGAAAACCAGCAGCACCACGAUCUCGUCCAAAGCAGCUUCAUCGACAGCUACCGCAACCUUACUGUCAAGACCAUGGUGACACUGGAAUGGCUGGCUGCAAACUGCUCCUCCUCCGUGGCGUACGUGGUCAAAGUGGACUCGGACAUUUUCCUCCAUGUGCGUAACCUGAUGGACCUGCUGCUGCAGCCAGACACCCCCAAAACCAACUACAUGACGGGCCUGGUGUGGUGGCACAGCCCGGUCCUCCGCAGCCCGGGUAACAAGUUCUAUCUGCCCCCCGAGGUCUUCGCCGAGCCUGAGUACCCCCCAUACCCGUUGGGCAUGAUCUACAUCAUGUCCCUGGACCUGCCCCAAAAAAUCCUGGGCAUUUCCCGGGAGAUCAAACCCAUCUUCAUUGAGGAUGCCUACCUGGGCAUGUGUCUGAAGAGACUGCAGAUCUUGCCCACAGAUCCCCCCAGACAAGACAUGUUUCUGGUGAACGCGCAGCACCCGCUAAGUCCUUGCGCCCUCUCCAGAGUCGUAGCCACUACCACCACCAGCAUGCCCAUGAUGAUGACCUACUGGAGGCGCAGCCAGCUGCCGCAGACGCACUGUUAGUCAGGCUGCAGGGGGAGUGCAAGUAGCAUUAAGAAGCAAAGUGGGCAGGUUGGAUUGAGGUCAGUACAUCAGCAGACACUCUUGGAACACAGCACACACUAUUCCUACUACAAGUAUGAAAAGAGUGAUUUUAUUUGUGUUAAUUUAAAGAUUUUAGGAUGUUUAAAAUGCUUUGUACUUUUCUUUUCAUUAAAAUAUUGGAGUCUCAUUGAGCAUGUUGCAAGUUAUACAGAAUUGCUGAUCUAGGUAAUGGCCUCAUCAUUGCUGUCAUGUGAUAAAAAUGUCUUCACAUAGUGAUUUCUGUCACUGCGGGUUGAAUCCUGUGGACAGGAUCCAGAGGUGGGUAGUACUUAAAUACUCAAGUACAUUUUCUGGAGUUACACAGUGAUGGGAAGAAAAUAUUGAAAGUGUUUCUACUAACAUGAAUACCUGAAUUAAAAUGUAUUUGCUUACAUAGUCUAA